AUGCUAGCCAGAAUCCAAACUGCAGGAACCAGUCUAUUAACUAAGACUGCAGCUUUAGUGACAAAGACCGUCGAAAAGACCGUGUACUGUGGUAAAGUCACUGGCGAACUUUCGAAGCAAAUCUACAAAUCUGAGAAGUUACAACCGCCAUCUUUAGAUGAAUUUAAAUCUGUUUACAUGAACCUAUACACCAAUUCUUUAAGAUACAUUAAAACACCACAGCAAGCUGUUAACUGUGUCAAGGCCUCUGGAAAAAAUGAUCUUUUGAAGUACGGUGCUGUUGGUAUUCAAUUACUAGGGUUCUACUCAGUUGGUGAAGUUAUUGGCAGAAGAAAGCUGGUUGGUUACAACUGCUAUACGGAGAAGGUAAUCCACCAUUGA